AUGGUACCCUCCAUCUCUCCGCUUCUGUCUACUUCUCCAUCUUCUGUUGCAGACCUGCAACAAUGGGCUGAUCGAUUCAGCAAAAACUUCCAAAACCAUCUACUGGUCGACACUGAUCUUCCUGUCUGCAUCUUUCAAGUACCUGAAACUCUAACCACUGAAAAUCCAGAGUCUUAUGUUCCACAGCACAUUGGUAUGGGACCAAUCCACCAUUUUCAGACCGAAGUCUAUAGCAAACAAGAACAGCGAAAACUUACGACAGCGAAAACAGUGCUAAAACCCUACAGAAUUACAUCUGAUUUCGCAAAAAUCGUAGUUGAGAUUCUCCAACAACUUGUUCCAGAAAUCCGAUGCUGCUACGACUUAUAUUUUGAUAUCAGCGACGAUCAUUUGGCAUGGGUUUUUGCUUUAGAUGGCAUCUUCUUGCUCGAUAUCUUAUCAAAUGUAUCGGAGGGGGGUUCGUUGGAGUCUUUCGAAGAUGUUGUGAUGCUUGAAAACCAAAUCCCACUCGUGGCAUUGGUCGAAAUCCGGACUGCUCUCGAAGAACACUUAUCUGGUGAUUGUAACAACUCUUUUCUUUCGAAUUUGUUGGUUAAAGUUUGUGAAACACGAUCACCUCUUAAGUUCAGUAGACGAAUAUCUCGACUCGAUCUUGACAUAAAUUGCCGUCUUCAUUUGCUGGAUUGCAUGUACCAUUUGAUUGUAAACCAUAACGUAGCAGCAAAAACCCAGUUUCUUCGACCGAAUUUCUUGGAUGAUAUAGAUCUAGAAGAUGUUGAAAGUGCAGUUCAAAUGGCAGGAGAUUUAUGCCCUGGAGCAAAUGCUUUUCUGCAACCCCUUUUGCUCGUAUUGAAAUUGCCAUGGGACAAGAUUAUUUCUUGGAUCAAGAAAAUGUUGGGAGAAAACCCUGUGGUUCUUGAAAUCGAUAUCCCUUCAGCUUCAGAGCUUUCAAGAAUUGGGAAGAUCGAAUUUUGUAUGACUCCCGGAGGCAUUCGUGAUGUUGAGUUUGACGAUGAAACACUUACGUUUUACCUCCCGAUACUUGGUCUAAAAUCCGAUUCAGAAGUUAUCCUACGAAAUUUGGUAGCCUAUGAAGGGUUGAUGUUCAAGAAAGGUAACAUUACGAAUCCUGAUUUCACCGAAUAUGUUGAUUUAAUGUGUGGGAUCAUCGAUAGCGUAAAGGAUGUGAGGAUCCUUCGUGAAAAGAACAUAAUCGAAGGCGAUUUGGAUGACGACGAAAUCGUGAAACUGUUCAACGGAAUUAGCAAAUCGAGCACGAAACAAGAUGAGAUGUCCGGUUUACAAAAAACCAUCGAGAAAAUUAAUAAGCAUUACGGUAACGUGCCGAGGGUUAAAGCGUAUACUUUCAUCAAGAAACAUUUUCUUGCGUGGUGGAAAGUUAUCGCUAUCGUGUUCACUGUAAAACAUAUUGAAUCCAAAUAUUUGACGUUUAUUGAGUUUAAC